AGUUUCUUGAACACCAAAUGUGUUGUAGAGGUCGCGGCUGUAGCAUUUAUUGAAAUUUGAACCUCCAUAUUUAUUUUUAUGUUUUAAAGUUCUUCAUAAUUAUGACUAUUCCUAUUUAAAUGGAAGCCAGUGUGCAUGAAUGACUAGCAUAUAUUGCAUUUGUGUGAAAUAGCGCGUGUUUGUUUUUUGUAUUUCAUGAGCGGAUGUCUGUCAUUCCGGAGACGAGGAGAGUAAACAUUUGAUUACGGAAAGCAUAUGUUUUAAACCCAAAACAGCAAAUGGUUAUCUGUUCAUAGUGACUGAAAAAAAGACUUCAGAGCAGGAGAUUCCGCGGUGUUCAUCAUGCCGCUGCCAGACUUUCUGGACGCGCUAAAGGACAACCCGUACUUCGGUGCCGGUUUUGGUCUGGUUGGCGUCGGGACGGCACUGGCAUUGGCUCGGAAAAGCGCCCAGGUGGGGUCUAUUUUCUUCCGCAGACAUUACAUGAUCACUUUAGAGGUACCGAGCCGGGACAAGAGCUACCUCUGGCUGCUGAGCUGGAUCACCAAGCACGCCAGGCACACGCAGCACCUCAGCGUGGAGACCUCCUACCUGGCGCACGAGAGUGGACGGGUUCAGACACAGUUUGAUUUCCACCCAAGCCCUGGGAACCACAUCAUCUGGUAUGGGAGGAAGUUAAUUAUGGUGGAGCGCACCAGAGAGAAGCAAAUGGUGGAUCUUCACACUGGAACUCCAUGGGAGUCAGUCACUUUCACAGCUUUAGGCAGAGACCGACAAAUCUUCUUCAAUAUCUUACAAGAAGCAAGGGAACUAGCUCUGAAGCAGGAGGAAGGGAGAACAGUGAUGUACUCAGCCAUGGGAGCAGAAUGGAGGCCCUUUGGGUUUCCAAGGCGACGCAGGCCCCUCAGCUCAGUGGUUCUGGAGGUUGGAGUGGCUGAGAAAAUUGUGGAUGACGUGAAGGAUUUUAUCGGAAACCCAAAAUGGUACACGGACAGAGGAAUUCCUUAUAGAAGAGGGUAUUUGCUUUACGGUCCUCCAGGAUGUGGGAAGAGCAGUUUCAUCACGGCGUUGGCAGGAGAGCUCGGUUACAGCAUCUGUCUGAUGAGUCUGAGCGACAGAGCACUUUCAGAUGACCGCCUAAACCAUCUCCUGAGUGUGGCGCCGCAACAAAGCAUCAUUCUACUGGAGGAUGUGGAUGCUGCGUUUGUGAGCCGAGAGAUGCUUCCCACUGAAAAUCCUCUGGCCUUCCAGGGAAUGGGUAGACUGACCUUCAGUGGACUGCUUAACUCUCUGGACGGAGUAGCUUCAUCUGAGGCCAGAAUAGUUUUCAUGACCACCAAUUUCAUAGACAGGUUAGACCCGGCGCUGAUCCGACCGGGCCGGGUCGAUAUGAAGCAAUACAUCGGACAUUGCACUCACUGGCAGCUCGCACAGAUGUUCCGGCGCUUCUAUCCAGACCAACCUCCUCUUGAAGGAGAGAGGUUUGCAAAACUGGCAUUGGACGCCAAUGCUGAGAUCAGUGCCGCUCAAGUGCAAGGACACUUUCUGCUGCACAAAAAGGAUCCUGCAGGUUCUAUAGACCAUGUUGACCAAAUUAAAAGAUGACUGGAAAAAUGUUUUUUUUUCAAUCUCUUAAAUAAAUUAAAUCGAAACAUAAUUA